AUGAUUACUUUUAAUGUCCUGGAAGAGGAAAGGGAUAUUUAUUACUCUACAUAUUACUCUACAAAUCUCGUCUCCAGAUUCUUGCAUAUAAAAUACUACUCCAGCUACGACUCCAUACGCAAAAAGAGGAUACAGGAAGCACCGAGACCAACCAAGACCAUCAACACCACCAAGAUCACCCAAGACCAACCCAAGACAACCCAACAAGACAAGGGAAAAUAUCCCCUCGCCGCACACAUACAGAUUAGAUUAAACUUUCUUAAAGCCCUACCGCAGACCGCAGACCGCAUACGCAUACCGACUUUCCAUAUUAGAUUUCGACGAAAACUACAGAGUCCUCCGUACACACUUCCAGAGGGUGCAUCGACAAGCAUAGUUUAG